AUGGAAGUGUCGGAUAUAAACGAUUUGUUAAACGUAAGGUCUAUUAAAAUGGAAACUGGAGAGAGUUCUUUUGGCGAUGAUACUAAUUGUGUGGAGAAUUCUGAUCCACUAUCUGUAAUACCGCAAUACGUUACUGAAUCAGACUUAGGUUUACUACCGAGUGGUUCGGAGAUAUUGGAAGCUCCGUUGGCUGUAUUCACAGACACUCAAGAUGACGAAGAUACUAUGCAAAGCAACGACUCAAGUGAAGAAGUGAUCAUUCAGCUUAUGGAUAUAAGGACAAAACUAUCACGUCUCAAGUCUAUGUUGGAAAAACGUCUGAACACGGAUCUCUCCGAUUACACAUUCUGGCUUCAAGAUGCUAAAAUGCUAGAAAAUCACAAGACUUUAGUUGAACAAUGUAUCCGAGGUUCUGGUUUAGUUCAAGUUAACAUACAAAUAAGAUCGUCGCAGAAGAAAAUUAACAUUAUGGAUGUUUUGAAACCCGACGAAGAACUGCUACAACUGCCUCAAGAUGAUGAUUUGUCUGAAUGUGAUUCCGUGCCACCCAUUGAAGUACAAACUCCUCAUGCAGCGGGUGUCAAAUGGAUUGUAGAUACAAGCUUCAGAAACGAUCACAGUCGAGCUCGGAUACCUGAAGAUCCUAUGCAAUGGUCAGUACAACACGUUCGUCUGUGGAUACAAUGGGCUGUUCGUCAGUUUUCGUUGAUGGGUUUGAAGCUAGCUGACUGGAGUCUUACUGGCGCUGAGUUAUGUGAAGUCACUAAUGUUGAAUUCAAGAAAAAAGUGCCUUCAGAUCCCGGAGAUUUAUUCUGGACGCAUUUUGAAUUGCUACGAAAAUGCAAAUUUAUAGCCGUCGUUCAAAACGAGGAGCCUGUCAAAGAUCCGCUUGAAGCUCCACAAUCAGCUAUCAAGAAGAAACCAAAACAGCUGAUAAUUCGUCAAUCAGAUGAUGCUUGCCACUACGUUACAAGGAAUGGGAAUAAUGGACAAAUACAAUUAUGGCAGUUCCUGUUAGAAUUAUUGACAAGCGCUGAAUAUUAUGAUGUCAUUAGAUGGCACGGUACUUCUGGUGAAUUCAAACUUCUAGAGCCAGAAAGAGUUGCUCAUUUGUGGGGUCAAAGGAAACAUAAGCCCGCUAUGAAUUAUGAGAAGCUAUCACGAGCACUGAGAUAUUAUUAUGAUGGAGAUAUGAUAGCUAAAGUAGCUGGAAAAAGGUUUGUCUACAAGUUUGUUUGUGAUCUGCACCAACUUCUGGGUUACGGGGCUUCGGAGUUAGCUGAACUGGUUGAUGAAGCUAGGGAAAUGGAAACCAGGGGAUAG